CUUUAUAUAGUCUAACAAUUUGUCGGCAGUUACUCCGUAUAAUGUUUGUUUAUGUUUAUUUUGUAUGAAAAUCUUGAGUGGAAGAGGACAAAUGGCGAAUACUAAAUAUCAUUUAAUUGAUAUUGAAGAUAAUGACGAUGCUAACGACAGGACUUCCAGUUCCAAAAAAAGGCAUGUUUCACGUGUGUGUUUCUGUAUAAAGCCGUGUGCAUGUGUACUGGUUUGCUUAGAUUGGUUUGUCAGUGGUGCGUUAGAACUGAUGUUAUGUGUAUAUCGGGCAAUAGCAGGGAGAUACCCAUUAUUUUUAGCAAAUUAUGAGCGUUGGGUAGAAGAGGAAGUAGAACGUUUGAAGAAUGAGAAAUUUGAGUUGAAGCAAAAAGCAAAUAAUGAUUUGGGAAGUCUGCACGAUAAAAUUAAAACCCAAGAGGAAAAUAUAAGUCAUUUGCAAUCGACUUUAAACAUUGAACUGCAAAAAAAUAAUUCAAUUAAGAAAGAAAAGGACUCCCUGUAUGGACGUCUGCAGAGUUUGACUAAAGAGAAGAACGCAUUGGAAAAUGAGAAAGAAGAUGCAUUGAGAAGUCUGUUGAACGUUUUUGUUAUAAGGCUAAGUGAGCUUGUAUCUGUGCGGCUGCGAGACAACAAUCCUAACAUUGUGGAUUUGAACGAUCAAUGCCGACCUACGAAACUUGCAGAGAUGUUCAGUGAGUUGUACGACAACGAAUGGACAAGCGCGUUUACUGCUCUUGAAGGUCUUGGAGAAGAAUAUGCCAUUGUUAUUCUUCUGAACAUUGUUACUAAAGCGUAUGGAGUUUGCGGGGAAAGAGUAGCAGAGCCAUGGGAGGUACUGACGGAAUGGUUUCUGGACAUGAACAUCCCGGGGGCUCAACAAGCAUCGAAAUGGCUAAAGGAUAGUCGAAAGGCUAACAUAAAAAACAAAAUUCCUGAAGUUGAAAAGGAGUAUGAAGCGAUGCUAUUGACUACAUACAAAGAAACUGACGUAGCAAAGGCACUAUCAGGACAGGACAUGAAAUGUUACAUUACAAAGUGCAUUGAACUGUGUUUGCUUAUGGUAACCACCGACCCUCCAGUUGUUCUUAAGUGUCCGGGAUGGACAACUGAAAUAAAAAAGCAUGAAAAAGACAGAAAUGUACAACAGUUAAGCCGAGAUGAAACUCUGGCUAGGGGGAGUAAGAGAGAAAGAGAAUUGUUCGAUAAAGAUUUGUUCAAAGAGUACACCACUCGGGGACAAUAUCUUGACUAUGUUGUCUGGCCAGCUUUGUUCCUUCAUGAGGACGGUCCCAUGCUGAGCAAAGGCAUUGCACAAGGAAGCUCAGAAAAAUACAGGGAUAGCAUGGAGAAUAUAUAAGCAUAGUGAAAGAAACGAGAAUUUAGACAAAACUGAUAUUAUCACCACUUCUUUUUGUCUCAUUUUUGUAUCAGUACCGAAAUUUAUAAUGUUUACAGUGUUUGUAUGUUGACAUGAACACAAAAAAAUGGUCGUCGAACAUUUACGUGCGCUAGAAAUUUUCCAUUCUCAAUACUCCAUAGCUUAUAAACGAGAUAUUACAAGACAGCACUAUAAAGAAAUCAGUGGAACGACGUAAAUGGUAGCGUGUUUGUUGUGACAAGGCAUUUUUAUUGGACAACGGAAUACAUUUUAUCAGCCAUUGGCGUAUAAAACUUAAAGAGUCAGAACAGCAAAUAUUGAAUCUGUGUAUAUAUUGUGUAUAUAGGAAAUUUACAGUGAUGCUAUUCUGCUACAGAAUGUUUCGUUCAAAGUUUUAUUAUAGUGUGUGAUAGAUUUCAUUCUAAUGUGUGACAAUGCAAAAAAAAAUAAGUAUUUUAUUUUGCUCUCCCGGGGUUGUGGGUUUCGUGUUGGGGAGGCUGCGUUUUUGGAACAUGGCAUUCCCUGUUUGAUAUUUUCUUUGUUUUUUACAGACAAGUUGUUUGCAGGAAACUUCAAUAUGUCAACGAACUAGUUUUAUUUUGUUAUUACAAUCUGAUACAUGUCCUGUGAAACUUCAAUAUGUCAACGAACUAGUUUUAUUUUGUUAUUAUAAUCUGAUACGUGUCCUGUGAUACAUUGAACGAACUUCAACGGUAAAACUUGUAUUUAACAAAUGAUAUAUGAUAUAUGGCAUUGAUGUCCAUAUGCUAGUUUAGGGCUUUGGCAGUUAGGACCGUUGCGAGCAAGGCAAAUGAAAAUGCGCAUAGUUUUGUGGUUAUUUGGGAAUUUGAAUGGCGAAUGAAUUCACCUCGGCGCAAAAAGGGAAGUGUGGGAGGGAGUAUCCACCCGUCCCCCCACCCCCACGAUAAAAAUAUUAGAAUGACAAUAGAAUAUCGCGGUCUUAUGCAUUUUUUGUAUAUGAAAGCACUGUCAAAAAAUCUUCUUGAGAAAGAGAAAUGUUCUCUCUGGCAACCGUACUUACAUUAAUUUAUAGUUCGUUUUGCAACGUGUCUCUCUUGCGGUGCAAUACAAGACUUACCUUUUAUGAGGGGUCUUGAAGGAGCUCCUAGUUUAUCACAUACUGCCAGCCAGACUAAAAAUGUUAUUCCAAGCGAUGCAGAGCUGAUCUCCAUACUGCAUUUUUAUGUGACUACCCGGUCAGAAAACUGCAUCUGGACCCGAGUAUUCUUGUUAUGUUAUACCGAAUAAGAUCAAGUUUUAUGCUAUGCUGUCUUAAAAUGAUGUCACGAAAUUGCCGCAGAGGAACGCAGUCGUCACGCUCCGGGCGAUAGAGAUCGCCGACGACCAUAGCCGGAUGGCGUCAACUCGGAGGAACGGAAAAUAUGAGAUUACAAUAAUGUAUUAGAAUACUGCAUCUGGACGAAGGAUUUCACUUAUUUUCAAACUUAUAUCUAAUUACUUUCAAAUCAUGUGUAAUGUAUGCUGUCUAUUAAAAGGUUAGACAGAUACGUGUGUAUCUCUGUUCUGGUUGUUCUUGUAGUGACCUAUCUUUUUGUGUAGAAUAACCUUUAUAUAAUCCGCAUAAUAAACAUGUGCCGGUGUCAUAGUAAGAAUAUAACAUCCGAAAUAAAUACAACGACAACAUUG